AUGGAUCAAACUGAGUACCAUAGCCAAAACCAACAAAACUUGACUCAUAGUUACUACAUGUACAACUCCAUAGACAAUCAGCUUCUGAAAAAAGCUACCACGUUUUUGCUUUCAGUUUCUGUGGUUACUUUCUGCAUUCCCAACUCAUCUUUGCUUUCAUGCCUCCAUUCCCUCAACUUCUACUUCUCCACAUUCCCUUACCAGCUUUUCACCCACACCAUUGACAAGAACUGCAUGUUCCUCAUCUGCAAUUUGCUCUUGGUUGUCCUUGCAAAAUGCUCUGGCUUAAUCCGGUCCCCGUACCAGUCUCAUCGUACUAAUGAUGAAACCACCUUCAAGAAUAGAGAAGGUGGUUCCGGGUUCGAAUCGCCAAUGCUAGAGACUGAAGAACCAGCCAUGCAGAAGGAAGAUGUUAAAGUGGAAAGUAUGGAGUCAGCAGAACAUGUUGCUGCAGAAAAAGGACAACAAAGUGAGUCUUUGAUCAACCAGGUAGAAACAGAUGCAGAGAAAGCAGCUGAAGAAUAUAAAGAUCAAAAAGAACAAAAGCCAGAAAUCGAGUUUAUAGUCUCAGAAGAAGAAGAAGAAGAAGAAAAUGGAACACUUGCUGAAGAAGAUGAAGAUGGAAAUGGAAUGUCCAGUAGUAGCACUGAAGAAUUAAACAAGAAAUUUGAAGAUUUCAUUAGAAGAAUGAAGGAAGAAUUAAGGAUUGAAGCACAAAGACAACUAAUCAUGGUUUAA